CGGCCCGUUUUAUACAAUUUGAUAUCGGAUCUAAACCAUGACCCGUCGAAGCUCGAGGCGUGAUCUGUGAUGGGGAUUGUCACUGAGAACACAUUUUGAAGUUACUGUAAUGGCCGAAUUUCCUAUGCGAUUGACUCCAUUACCAUAGUGCACAUUAACGAACACUCAGAUUCUCAUGGCUCGGUUACUGUCAAUCUUCGCGUUGUUGGUGUUCGUACUCCACGUUACCUCUGAAUCCACCGGAGAAGUAGUAGAACAACUCGAAGGAGAAGAAUUCACGGAGGAGUUGCUGUUCAGGCCCCUUCCUGAUCGGAAAGUUCUCUCUUAUUUUCACUUCGAGAGUAAAGUUCCACGGACAAAUUCUUAUGGACAUCAUCAUCGGCUUUUCCCCAAAGCCAUCUAUCAGCUGGUUCACAAGUAUCGAAUUACAGAAAUGGAAUUGUCUUUCACUCAAGGUCGUUGGAACUAUGAAAGCUGGGGUGGUUUUGAUCCCGUUGCAAGCAGCAAUGCCAAACCUCCUGGAGUUGAAUUGUGGGCUGUAUUUGAUGUUCCCCAAGAUCAGGUUGAUGCUUCCUGGAAAAAUCUAACACACACACUUUCAGGCCUCUUUUGUGCUUCAAUCAACUUUCUAGAGUCUUCUACUAUGUAUUCUGCUCCUGAUUGGAGCUUCCGAUCACUUUCAGGCAAUUUAAGAUAUGGCUCAUUGCCUAGAGAGGCUGUUUGCACCGAGAAUCUGACUCCCUGGUUGAAGUUACUUCCAUGUCGAGACAAAGCUGGGCUUUCUUCAUUGAUGAAUAGACCAUCAAUUUACAGAGGAUUUUAUCAUUCUCAACGGUUACAUCUAACUUCAGGUGAAUUUGAUCUGGUGGCUUCAGGUCAUGGAAUAACGCUUGAGCAAACCCUUACAAUUGUUCUUCAACCAGAUGCUUUGGAAACCAAUGCUGCAUUCUCCAGUAGCAGAAAAUUACAACCGAGCUGGUCUAUGAACUCAUUGUUUGGAAGAACGGUUGAGGGAAAAUGUGCUCUUGCCAAGUCUAGUAAUGUGUAUGUUCAACUUGAGGGGAGCUUAGUUUAUAAUAUGAAAGAUACAUGGAAUGAUAUUGAGGGGUAUGAGGGUGAAGAAGUACCAUAUGAAGGUUUUGGAAGUAAUCCGAACUUUGGAUUUUCAGUUUCUCCUGACAGAAUGAUGAAAGAAGUAAACAGCUUCCAUAAAGAAGGUUCCUCUAUCUUAUAUGGUUUCUCAAUCAAGGAUUAUCACAGUUCUAAGCCAUUUGAUUUGGGAUUCAGGUGGAAGCUUCCUGUAACUUGGUCGUGUGUGAAGGCACCAUUACGUGCUAGUCGGUUCCUGAUGGGAAGCGGGAAUGAGAAGGGUGCUAUUGCUCUCUCUUUGCAGUCUACAGAAUGGAGUGAAAGUCUCCCAAAGGCUCACAACGAUGAAGAAAAAUGUAGAUUGCGGGUAGAUGUUUUCCAAGUUGUGCCUUGGUAUAUUAAAGUAUAUUAUCAUACAGCAAGACUAUUUGUGGAUGGAGUACCCCAAUCUCUUGGAGAUGUCAUAGAAAAGAUGCAUGUCUCACCCUCUGAAGAUAAGGUGUCUCCUGGGGUAAUGGAAACGAUAUUGAGAUUACCUUGUGACAUGAAAUCAGCUUCAUUGACUUUAGAAUUUGACAAGGGUUUCUUGCACAUAGAUGAGUAUCCUCCAGAUGCUAACCAGGGGUUUGAUAUCCCAUCUGCCAUAAUCAGCUUCCCGGACUUCCAGACAUGCUUAGAAUAUACACAGGAUAACACGUCGAUCAAGUCACCUAUGGUGUCUAAGAUGCAGGAAAAAAGAAAAAUAUUGUCCUAUACAGAAGUGCUUCUUGUUCCUUUGACAACCCCUGAUUUUAGCAUGCCUUAUAACGUGAUCACGAUUACCUGCACUGUCUUUGCGCUAUAUUUUGGGUCACUGCUCAAUGCACUGAGAAGACGUGCUGGUGAGGAAGAAAGAUUUUUGAAAAGCAAAGAUAAGAAUACCAGCAAGCUCCGGUUGUUGUUAUCCAAAUUGUCAGCGAAGUUGAGAGGAAGAGCGUGGGAACCACCCACCUCAACACCACCGUCUUCAUCUUCGUCGCCAAAGUUGAUAAGCUCAAAGGUAAUUAUAAAAAUCGUAUUAAUAGCUGCGAUUGGUUUCGGAUGGCAAUAUUAUUAUGGAUGACCUCCAGAAGUAGGUAAUUGUAUACUAGUGUGUCAAACAAAACCCAAGAUUUUGUUUCAUUAGGUUUUACAGAAACUAGGAACAGUAGAAGUAAACAGCUUUGUUCUGUACCCAUUCCAGAUUUUGUAUGAUUAUUUUCAACUUCACCUGCUCCAAGGUCUUGCCAUUUAGAAGAUAGCUGGUUACUUUGGAAUACUUC